AUGGCAGCAGAACCCGUCGAGCUUGUUUCGGGACACGGCUCGCUUCAUGAGAAGAAUGAUAAUACGAACGGAUCCGAUGAUGCUGAUGAAGAGUUCUUCUAUAACCUUGAGAUCAUCCUCCUAACAGACAGCUGUUCUUCUUAUCAGACAAUCAUUGCCACCGCGAUUCCCCGUAUUAACGACGACUUCCAUAGUCUUUCCGAUGUGGCUUGGUAUGGCUCGGCUUUCUUCCUGGUGACUGCUAGCUUUCAGACAGCGUGGGGUAAGGCGUAUGGCUUCUUUAGCCUGAAGAUCACCUUCCUGCUGGCCCUCUUUCUCUUCGAGAUUGGGAGUCUAAUCUGUGGGGUCGCCCCUUCAUCGGUGGCUCUCAUCGUUGGCCGCGCCAUUGCCGGGCUAGGUGCUGCCGGCCUGAACACCGGCUCCUUCACCCUGGUUGCCUUCUGUGCGCCGCCGACGAAAAGACCCAUCUUCACCGGGCUCAUCGGUCUCUCGUACGGCAUUGCAUCCGUCGUCGGGCCCCUGCUCGGAGGCGUUUUUACCGACUCGAUCACAUGGCGAUGGUGUUUCUAUAUCAAUCUCCCCGUUGGGGCGGUGUCGGCCUUCUUCAUUGUCUUCUUCUUCCAGAGCCCUGCGGCCUCCAAAACGACUGAUCAUCGCACGUGGCGGUCCAAAUUGUUGCAGAUGGACCCAAUCGGGACGGGAUUGGUGUUGGCCUGUGUCACUUGUUAUAUUCUCGCGAUGCAGUACGGGGGGCAGACGCAUCCGUGGAACAGCUCCGUCGUGAUCGGCUUGGUUGUCGGCUUCGUGCUGAUCCUCGCGGCUCUGGUCGGAUGGGAGUUAUACAUGGGGGAAAAGGCCAUGUCCCCUCCGCGCCUGGUCAAGCGUCACGCCGUGCCGUCGGCGGUGGGCUUCUUCUUCUUCGGCUCCUACAUUGUGAUCAUCUACUAUCUGCCCACCUACUUCCAGAGCAUUGACGGCGUGUCCGCGAUCGGGUCGGGCGUUCAUAACCUGCCCUUCAUUCUUGCCGUAUCCAUUUUCACCGUGCUGAGUGGCGUCCUCAUCUCGGUGACCGGGUAUCCCGCCCCGUUUGUGGUCGGGGGAGCUGCCAUCGCCACGGUGGGAUGCGGUCUCAUCUAUACGCUCGACAUUGGGACCGGCGCCGGGAAAUGGAUUGGCUAUCAGAUUCUCGCCGGCUUCGGCAACGGACUCGGGGUUCAGGUGCCCAUGAUUAUGGCGCAGGCAAACACCGAUGCGAGGGACAUGGCGGCGACAACGGCAAUUCUCAUGUGCUUUCAAACCAUCGGGGGUGCUUUCAUGCAAGCCGGUGCCCAAGCCGCAUUUGCCAAUCGGCUCCUGGACGAACUACCCAACACCGCUCCAGAUGUUGACCCGGGAGCUGUGGUAGCGGCUGGAGCAACAGAGCUCCAAUCCUUUGGCUCGAGCCUCGCGGGAGUGCGUAUUGCGUAUAUGCGGGGCCUGAAAGUGGCAUUUGCCUUUGCCUGUGCUUCGAUGGGAGUGGCCUUCUUUCUGGCCCUGUUCUCGCGGCGGAAAAGAAUCACGGGUGAAGCAGCCAAGAAUGCUAUGGCAGCUGCCUAG